AUGGGCUCCGCACAGCAAAAUGACCCGGUCAUUAUCGGCUUCCCUCCAGCGUCGGAUGCUGAACGACUCGACUUCGUCAACGGCCUUGUUGACGUUGUCAACAAGGCAUAUGCCGAGACCGAAAGCGAAAUGUUCGUCACGGGCUACCAACGAACAACCCCAACUGAGGUUGCAGGUCUCAUCCGCACCGGCCAACUCGUGACUGCCACUCGGGAUCCAACAGGUGAACCUGUAGGUUGUGUGUCGUUGAAGGCCAUGUCACCAACACGGAGUGCAUUCGGCAUGUUGGCGUUAGGGGCGGCCUACCAAGGUUCAGGCUUAGGGAGAAAGCUCAUCCAGUUCGUCGAAGAACACAGCCGAGCCCAAGGAUGCGAAGUUAUGCAGCUUGAGCUUCUCGUGCCGACGACUUGGGAGCACCCUUUCAAAACAAGAAUGAACGCUUGGUACUCUAAAUUGGGCUAUCAACUGGUAAAGGUGGGACAGUUCGACAAGGAUUACCCAGCUCUGGCCCCGUUGCUCUCAGGCCCUGCCGACUACAGGAUAUCUGAGAAGUCGUUGGUAUGA